GGGGACGUCGCCUCAGACUCCGCGAGCCAUUCGCAAGCAGCGCGCGCGCACGCACGCGAAAGCACUCGACACGAACGACUCUCGCGAAUUGUUUAUCAUUAUACUUAUUUACAAAGUUACAUGGCAAUAGUUUGAUUUUAUUAUGUGAUAAUUUUAUUUAAGACUCGUGUAAGACUAUUUAAUCGCUAUUAUUUAAGAAUCUCCUUUAAAAUAAGUGUAUUAUUUAUAAUUUACGUAACAUAGUGGGACCAAAAUGACUAUAAAAAAUAAAAAGACUAAGCAAUCAAACACGUCCGAAGUGACGUCAAAAAGUGCGUCGAGUAGUGUUCAGAAGAGCAGCACGUCGACAUCCGUGCAAAAGAGCAGCAACACACUUCAGAAGGUCAGCUCGUCUGGUAAGAAGGUUCGCUACAUUCAAGUUAAGGUCGAGGAGGACGACCCGCUCAUGAUCACUGAUAUCUCUGAUCACGCUUCAAUUAGCGGCUCUACCGUGUCCGAGCAUUAUAAUAGCCACCCACACUACAUAAUUACGGAGGCUCCGUCGAUCCCCGAUCUAUCGCAGACAAGGUCUCAUGAACAUCAUGUGAGCGAUAUGGCUCAAUCGACCAGCGGUGAAUUUGUAUCUAAUUCAGUAAGGCAAGAGUCUUCCUCCACGUCCCAUCAGCAGAGUUCGACGAGUGCAAUGCAUCAGUCGUCUUCGAAUUCUAUUCAGCAUUCGGGCUCUAGUCACAGCCAACAUUUUGACCGGACGACCGAUUCUUCAGUUGACAAUCAGACUCUGAAUACUGCAUUUAUAGAUAACUCGGCACACAAUGUGACAGGGUCUAGAGAUUUUACGUCAAGAUCUCAUGGUGCUAAUGCGACAGAAUCUUUUAUUCAGUCCGAACGACAAAAUUUAAUAGAUCAACAGUCUCGUUCAAGUCAAGAGCGUAUGACAAGCCAAGGAACGUCUACAGUUGAUUCACAAAAUAUCAAUAUUCGCGAGAAUGAACGUUUCAAUGCUCCUGAUUCAUCUAGGAGGGUUCAGACAGUUAAAUCGGAUCGUUCUAAUUUUUACGGGGGAGAAGGCAGUCUGGAUAAGAACGUAAAAACAAAAGAAUUUAAAAGCACAUCUCAUUCAAGUGAAUCUAAAAGUAGUAAUGUGGCAAAAUCUUCAUCUUCGUCAUAUGUGGUUGAAAUCGUUGAUGGAAAAGAACGUAUAAUUGAUAGCUCAACGAGAGAAUGGGGUGACGCUCAAGAACAUGCUAGUAAAGAAGAUUAUGUGAGCGUCAGUGGGACCGGCAUCAAACCAGAAUCUGCUCAUAAUAUCCAGAAUUAUGAUAUGAAAUCCAAGUAUGAUACGAUUGGUAAAGAUGGUAAACCAACUAGUGAAAUGACUGUAAGAGAAAAUUCUAAAUUUGUAAAGGAUGGAAGUCAAAUUACGAGUCACGAUAGUUAUAUUUCACAAAAAGACAAUUCUAUUCAACAACAACAUAGCACAACGCGAGAACAGCUUACAUCAAAUGAUAAUAUUCAAUCUAGCACCUCUCGAGAUCAAGUUGAUUAUACUACAACAUCUAAAGACUUUGACAAUCGUCAAACAGAUAAAAGUACUUUUGAGAGCAAAGUACAGAAUAACAAAGUGAAUAAUGAAAUCAUUAGCAGUAGGAGACGCAAUCCUAACGAAACUGAUUCAUCUAAUUUCUAUGGUUACGAUUCUACUAUACAAAAUCAACUUCGCAAAGUAGGUGAUAUUUUGCAAGUUACCGAUACGAAAGAUCUUAAUUACUCUACGAAAAUACUCAAAAGCAAUACAAGCAGUGCUCAACAAGAGUCUAAGUCUUCUUAUGUAUUUGAAGUAGUAGAUGGAAAGCAAGUAUUAGUGGACAGUUCUCAUAGAGAAUGGGGAGAUAGUAAAGAACAUUCUACGAAUGAAAAGAGUCAUCAAAUAAGUGGCACUGGAAUUAAACCACAUCAUGAAUAUACUCGUCAUGUCGUGGACAAAGACGCUUUUUAUGAUACCGGUAAGGAUGGCGUACCUAAGAGUGGCACUUAUGUUACCGAAGAAUCAGCCUUGUAUAAGGAUGGAAAGCAAGUAGCAUCUACCAGUAACACGUAUGGUGGUGAUUUUACUCGCAAACCUGCUAUAACUGAGCACAUUACAGAUACAGAAGAUAUUCACAAUAAACGUAUUAGUUCCACCAGUGACAGAAAUAUUUACUCCGAUACCUUUGUAUCUACAUCUAGUGAUACACAGUCAGAUAUUCGUGAUAAAAAAAAUUUGUCGGAAACUACUGAUUUUAUAACAAAAGAAAAACAAAACCUGACAAAAGAAAGUAAUACUACCUCUACUUCUCAAACUAAAGAUACUCGAACAACUUAUGAAAGAAGUACUGGCACUUGGAACGGUAAAUUUGUAUACGAAACUGAUGAUGAUAGGCCUAAGCGCCCUAAGCAAGUGUCGCCAUUUGGAAAGCCUGAAAAGCCAAGGCAUCACUUAAAGAGACAAGACACAGAGGAAAAUAUUAUAUUAUCUUCAAGAGAUAUUAAAGACUUUACAUCUAUAAGCGAUCUCCGAAAAAUCAUUGAGUCUUCAUCGACAAACAAAGACGUUACCGUUAGUAACAAGAACAUCGUUAUUAAUAAAAAGAAUAUUGAUGAUAAAGUCUUAAAAGAAAUUAUCGAAACUGUAAAUAAAUAUCCUUUCAAAAGAAUCGAUAAAGUAACAUUUGGAACUAAAAUCAAUGAAGAUGUUAAAGACCUUUACGAAGGGAUCGAUACUGAAGAAACAACAAUUCUACAUACAACAUCAGGGGAUACUAUAAAAAAGUCUUUCGAAGUAGACAAGACGCGAAGUCAGAUUGAAGUAACUCGAUACAUAACAGAAAAUGGUGUAACCAGAAAAAUAACUACUUACGAAGAUGCUAAAGAAGAUGAGAAAGUAAAAACGGAUGUUUUUGUCGAUAACAGCUCGUUAGACAUCAGAAACUUGAAGGAUGUCCGAACAACGAAAGAUAUACGCGAAUACGACGUGGUGGACCGCGCAAUUACCGACACCACGAGGGAGGACACUGUCGUCAGCACCGUCUAUGAUGAAACCGUCAUAGACGAUAGGAAAACUGUGCGAGACGAUAGGACCGUGAUAGAAGAGACUGUCUACAUAGACGAGACCAGGCCAAGACAAGGUGGCCCCAAGAAACCAGAAAAAAUCAUCGAAAAGGAACAAUGCAUUUGCGAGAUCUGCACUUGUGGGCGCCACCGUUGCCUACACAACGAUGUCCCGGAGCCAUUGUUCGACGUGGAGCACACGAGCGUGGUCUCCGCAUACAAACAAGAUUACGACGAAAAACAUGUCAGUCGCACUACGGCCGUCCAUCACGAAGACCACUUGCGGCUUGAAGGCGACUUUCAGGAACCGGAACGUCCUCGCUGGCAACCUGCCGAGCGGCCUAAGCCUACGAAACCCGAAGACAACCUGAAACCUGAAGGAGAAUUCGAGAGACCGAAACCUGAAGAAUGGCGUCCGGGUGAUAGAGCUCCGACUCGUCGCCCUCAAGAUAACCUGAAGCCUGAAGGUGAAUUUGAUACUCCUGAAAAGGAACCAUGGCGCCCAGCUGAACGUCAAAAGCCCAAAAAACCGGAAGAUAAUUUACAUCCUGAAGGAGACUUUGAAAAACGUAAACCUGAGGAAUGGCGUCCUGGAGAUAGGGCCCCUAUACGUAGACCUGAGGAUAAUUUGAAACCUGAAGGUGAUUUUGAGCACAGAAGGCCAGAAGUAUGGCAACCUGGAGACCGAGCUCCUGUUCGACGCCCUGUGGAUAAUCUCAGAUCAGAAGGUGAAUUUACUUCUCCAGAAAAGGAGCCCUGGAGACCGGCUGAACGUCCGAAGCAAAAGAAACCAGAAGACAAUUUAUAUCCGGAAGGAGACUUUGAAAAACGUAAACCAGAGGAAUGGCGUCCUGGAGAUAGGGCUCCUAUACGUAAACCUGAGGAUAAUCUGAAACCUGAAGGUGAUUUUGAGCACAGAAGGCCAGAAGUAUGGCAACCUGGAGACCGAGCUCCCGUUCGUCGCCCGGCAGAUAAUCUCAGAUCAGAAGGUGAGUUUACCUCUCCAGUAAAGGAGCCUUGGCGGCCGGCUGAACGUCCGAGGCAGACGAAACCAGAAGAUAACUUGUAUCCCGAAGGAGAGUUUACGAUGCCAAAGAAGGAACCUUGGAAACCAGCAGAACGACCAAAACAAAAGAAACCAGAAGACAACCUUAAACCUGAGGGUGAUUUUGAAAGGCAAACACCUGAAAAAUGGCGACCAGCUGAAAGAGAACCCAUGAAACGUCCUGAAGAUAAUUUAAAGCCCGAAGGAGAAUUUACCACUCCUAAGAAAGAGGAAUGGAAACCAGCCGAAAGACCUCAACAGAAGAAACCUCAAGAUAAUUUGCAUCCAGAAGGAGAAUUUACAACUACAAGAACAAUAACUGGAGAUUACAGGGUUGUGACUGGCGAAAGAGCUGAAAUAAUACGACGCACUGAUAAUAUUAUAACUGAAGGAGAGUUCACAGAUACAACAACAUCUCGCUCCGAGUAUACUGUGAAACCUGUUGAGAGAUCAAAACCAGUUCGACGUAAUACUUGGACGAAAAUAGAAGGUGAUAUGACUACUGAAACUACAUCGAUGUCAGAAUUUGUUGACUAUACCGAUACUAUAGAAAGAACAAUUUUGGCUAAAAAGAAAACUGACAACUUAAUACGCGAAGGUGAAAUAGACUUUGUAACUUCAAACCAAAAAGAUUUUCCUGAAAAAACAACAACAGUUGAACGUCCACAAAGACGUCGAACUUGGACUAAGGAAGAUUUUGAAAAGUUUCAUUCUACUGAAGACGUUGAAACCAUCACUACAACACAAGAAGAAUAUCAGGCUUAUGAGGAAAGAAGGCUGAAACGCCCUGAUGUUAAAAAACCAAAAGAUAAUCUUAGACCAGAGGGUGACUUUGAAACUCCGAAGCACGAAGAAUGGCGACCAGCAGAACGUCCAAAACAAAAGAAACCUGAAGAUAAUCUACGUCCUGAAGGUGAAUUUACGACUCCUGAAAAAGAAAAAUGGCAACCAGCAGAACGUCCCAAGCAAAAGAAACCUGAAGAUAAUCUAAAGCCGGAAGGUGACUUUGAUACUCCAGAAAAAGAAAGGUGGAGGCCUGCUGAGCGCCGUGAAGCGAAAAAGCCGGAAGAUAACUUGCGACCUGAAGGUGAUUUUGAACAACGAAAACCCGAUGAAUGGCAACCAGCAGAACGUCCCAAACAAAAAAGACCCGAAGACAAUCUUAAGCCAGAAGGUGAAUUUGAAACUCCUGAAAAGGAAAGAUGGCGACCGGCUGAGCGACCUAAACAAAAGAAACCGCAAGAUAAUCUUAAGCCAGAAGGUGACUUUGAUACCCCAGAAAAAGAAAGAUGGAGGCCUGCUGAGCGUCGUGAAGCGAAAAAGCCGGAAGAUAACUUGCGACCCGAAGGUGAUUUUGAACAACGAAAACCAGAUGAAUGGCAACCAGCAGAACGUCCUAAGCAAAAGAAGCCUGAAGAUAAUCUUAAGCCAGAAGGUGACUUUGAUACCCCAGAAAAAGAAAGGUGGAGGCCUGCUGAGCGUCGUGAAGCGAAAAAGCCGGAAGAUAACUUGCGACCUGAAGGUGAUUUUGAACAACGAAAACCCGAUGAAUGGCAACCAGCAGAACGUCCCAAACAAAAAAGACCCGAAGACAAUCUUAAGCCAGAAGGUGAAUUUGAAACUCCUGAAAAGGAAAGAUGGCGACCGGCUGAGCGACCUAAACAAAAGAAACCGCAAGAUAAUCUUAAGCCAGAAGGUGACUUUGAUACCCCAGAAAAAGAAAGAUGGAGGCCUGCUGAGCGUCUUGAAGCGAAAAAGCCGGAAGAUAACUUGCGACCCGAAGGUGAUUUUGAACAACGAAAACCAGAUGAAUGGCAACCAGCAGAACGUCCUAAGCAAAAGAAACCUGAAGAUAAUCUUAAGCCAGAAGGUGACUUUGAUACCCCAGAAAAAGAAAGAUGGAGGCCUGCUGAGCGUCGCGAAGCGAAAAAGCCAGAAGAUAACUUGCGACCUGAAGGUGAUUUUGAACAACGAAAACCCGAUGAAUGGCAACCAGCAGAACGUCCCAAACAAAAAAGACCCGAAGACAAUCUUAAGCCAGAAGGUGAAUUUGAAACUCCUGAAAAGGAAAGAUGGCGACCGGCUGAGCGACCUAAACAAAAGAAACCGCAAGAUAAUCUUAAGCCAGAAGGUGACUUUGAUACCCCAGAAAAAGAAAGAUGGAGGCCUGCUGAGCGCCGUGAAGCGAAAAAGCCGGAAGAUAACUUGCGACCCGAAGGUGAUUUUGAACAACGGAAACCAGAUGAAUGGCAACCAGCAGAACGUCCUAAGCAAAAGAAACCUGAAGAUAAUCUUAAGCCAGAAGGUGACUUUGAUACCCCAGAAAAAGAAAGAUGGAGGCCUGCUGAGCGUCGUGAAGCGAAAAAGCCGGAAGAUAACUUGCGACCCGAAGGUGAUUUUGAACAACGAAAACCAGAUGAAUGGCAACCAGCAGAACGUCCUAAGCAAAAGAAACCUGAAGACAAUCUUAAGCCAGAAGGUGACUUCGAUACCCCAGAAAAAGAAAGAUGGAGGCCUGCUGAGCGUCGCGAAGCGAAAAAACCGGAAGAUAACUUGCGACCUGAAGGUGAUUUUGAACAACGAAAACCCGAUAAAUGGCAACCAGCAGAACGUCCUAAACAAAAGAAACCUGAAGACAAUCUCAAACCAGAAGGUGAAUUUGAAACCCCUGAAAAGGAAAGGUGGCGACCGGCUGAGCGACCUAAACAAAAGAAACCGCAAGAUAAUCUUAAGCCAGAAGGUGACUUUGAUACCCCAGAAAAAGAAAGAUGGAGGCCUGCUGAGCGUCGUGAAGCGAAAAAGCCGGAAGAUAACUUGCGACCCGAAGGUGAUUUUGAACAACGAAAACCAGAUGAAUGGCAACCAGCAGAACGUCCUAAGCAAAAGAAACCUGAAGACAAUCUUAAGCCAGAAGGUGACUUCGAUACCCCAGAAAAAGAAAGAUGGAGGCCUGCUGAGCGUCGCGAAGCGAAAAAACCGGAAGAUAACUUGCGACCUGAAGGUGAUUUUGAACAACGAAAACCCGAUAAAUGGCAACCAGCAGAACGUCCUAAACAAAAGAAACCUGAAGACAAUCUCAAACCAGAAGGUGAAUUUGAAACUCCUGAAAAGGAAAGGUGGCGACCGGCUGAGCGACCUAAACAAAAGAAACCUCAAGAUAAUCUUAAGCCAGAAGGUGAUUUUGAUACUCCAGAAAAAGAAAGAUGGAGGCCUGCUGAGCGUCGUGAAGCGAAAAAGCCGGAAGAUAACCUGCGACCCGAAGGUGAUUUUGAACAACGGAAACCUGAUGAGUGGCAACCAGCAGAACGUCCCAAGCAAAAGAAACCUGAAGAUAAUCUUAAGCCGGAAGGUGAAUUUGAAACUCCUGAAAAGGAAAGGUGGCGACCAGCUGAGCGACCUAAACAAAAGAAACCGCAAGAUAAUCUUAAGCCAGAAGGUGACUUCGAUACCCCAGAAAAAGAAAGGUGGAGGCCUGCUGAGCGUCGUGAAGCGAAAAAGCCGGAAGAUAACCUGCGACCCGAAGGUGAUUUUGAACAACGAAAACCUGAUGAGUGGCAACCAGCAGAACGUCCCAAGCAAAAGAAACCUGAAGAUAAUCUUAAGCCGGAAGGUGACUUUGAAACCCCUGAUAAAGUAAAGUGGCGACCUGCUGAGCGUCCAGUACAGCACAAGCCAAAAGAUAAUCUUAAACCUGAAGGAGAUUUCGAACAAACUAAACCUGAAGAAUGGCGUCCUGCAGAAAGGCAAACUCCUAAAAAACCAAAAGAUAAUCUUAGACCAGAAGGUGACUUUGAUACCCCGGAAAAAGAAAGGUGGAGGCCUGCUGAGCGUCGUGAAGCGAGAAAGCCAGAAGAUAACUUGCGACCUGAAGGUAAUUUUGAACAACGAAAACCCGAUGAAUGGCAACCAGCAGAACGUCCCAAACAAAAAAAACCCGAAGACAAUCUCAGGCCAGAAGGUGACUUUGAAACCCCUGAAAAAGAAAAGUGGCGACCGGCUGAGAGACCUAAACAAAAGAAGCCGCAAGAUAACUUGCGACCUGAAGGUGACUUUGAACAACGAAAACCGGACAAAUGGCAACCGGCAGAGCGGCCCAAACAAAAGAGACCCGAAGACAAUCUCAGACCAGAAGGUGAAUUUGAAACUCCUGAAAAGGAAAGAUGGCGACCGGCUGAGCGACCUAAGCAAAAGAAACCGGAAGAUAACUUGCGACCUGAAGGCGAUUUUGAACAACGGAAACCAGAUGAAUGGAAACCAGCAGAACGUCCCAAGCAAAAGAAACCUGAAGAUAACCUUAAACCAGAGGGUGACUUUGAAACCCCUGAUAAAGUAAAGUGGCGACCUGCUGAGCGUCCAGUACAGCACAAGCCGAAAGAUAAUCUUAAACCUGAAGGAGAUUUUGAACAAACUAAACCUGAAGAAUGGCGUCCUGCAGAAAGGCAAACUCCUAAAAAACCAAAAGAUAAUCUUAGACCAGAGGGCGAAUUCGAACAACCAGAAGUUCAGGAAUGGCGGCCAGCAGAACGGCCAGAAGUAAAGAAACCUAAAGAUAAUCUUAAGCCCGAAGGUGAGUUUGUUCGACCGGAAAAGCCAAAAUCCUCUCCCAUAGGUGAAAGACCGGUACAGAAGAAACCUCAAGACAACCUUAAACCAGAAGGUGACAUGAAUGUUGUUGCAAGGGAUGAUUACAAACGAAUAGAAAAAACAGAGAAGAUAGUAAUAAAAAAACAAGAAGACAAUUUGAGAACCGAGGGUGAAUUUAUAGACCUACGAACACGUAAUGAUUACAGUGCUACGAAAGGAGAGAGAGCACCAGUGGUCAAACCACAAGAUACCCUCAAACCAGAUGGCAAAUUCUAUAAACCUGAAAUUGUUCCAUCCCAACCAGCAGAAAGGCGAAAGCCUUUCAAACAAGUUGACAAUAUAACAAUCGAAAGAGAUGUAGAUUUGCGUCAGAGACAAAAAAUAGAAAGAGUUGAUAUAAUCCGUAGAGAAGACAAUCUGAAGAUAGAAGGUGAAUUUAUAGAUAUGAAACAGAGAAAUGAUUAUAACGUUGUAACCGGAGACAGAAUGGCUAUUGUCAAACACGAAGACAAUCUUAAAAUGGAAGGCAAAAUGGAUACUGUUCGAACUUCGGAUACUUACCGCGUUGUUAAAGGGCAAAGAGUAAAACUAACUCGUAGGGAAGAUAACCUUAAGAUUGAAGGAGUAUUUGAAGACCAUACUCGUAGGGAUGACUUCAAACAAGUUAUAGAUCGGAAAUCAGCAAUCACUUACCCAGACAAUAAACAACCAAAAGAUCAACGGGGUAAAUCACCUGAAGACCUCAAUGGUGAAACACCAAAGAGAUACCAUGAUAGACAUCCGAAAGAAAAAUCACCUAUUUCGAAGCAGAUGACUUACACAAUACAGGAAGUCAUAGAUACAGAUAAAACAACUAAAACUACACAUGACGACUCUACACAGUACGUGAUUCAUCGCACAUCUACACCUGGUAGGCCAUAUGAUGGACCUGAAAAUCAACAGGAUAGACCCAAGACUUAUAGUCCUGAAGAGCCUAGAAAACCUGAAGAGCAACAUUCGCCUUAUUCUGGCAAACCACACAGAACUCCUACUGAUGAAGUUGAUAAAUCUGGUAGACCAAAAUGGGUAAAACCACAAGAUAAUUUAUACCCUGAGGGUGAAAUGCAAAGUAGACCAAAAACUCAAUGGCAACCAGGGGAAACACCCGAUCAAGUCCGUCCUAAAGAUAACUUGAGACCAGAAGGUGAGUUUGAUCGACCUAAGCAAUCACACUGGCAACCAGGAGUUACGCCGGAACAAACUCGUCCGAAAGAUAAUCUUAGACCAGAAGGUGACUUCGACCGCCCUAAAAAAUCACAAUGGCAACCAGGGGAUACUCCAGAACAAAUUCGGCCGAAAGAUAACCUUAGGCCAGAAGGUGAGUUUGAUCGGCCUAAGCAACCACACUGGCAACCAGGCGUUAGGCCGGAACAAACUCGUCCAAAAGAUAAUCUUAGAUCAGAAGGUGACUUCGACCGCCCUAAAAAAUCUCAAUGGCAACCAGGAGAUACUCCAGAACAAAUUCGGCCGAAAGAUAAUCUUAGGCCAGAAGGUGACUUCGAUCGCCCUAAAAAAACACAAUGGCAAUCAGGGGAAACACCUGAGCAAGUCCGUCCUAAAGAUAACUUGAGACCUGAAGGUGACUUUGAUCGACCUAAGCAAGCACACUGGCAACCAGGCGUUUCACCGGAACAAACUCGCCCGAAAGACAAUCUUAGACCAGAAGGUGACUUCGACCGCCCUAAAAAAUCACAAUGGCAACCAGGGGAUACUCCAGAGCAAAUUCGGCCGAAAGAUAACCUUAGGCCAGAAGGUGACUUCGAUCGCCCUAAAAGACCACACUGGCAACCAGGGGAAACACCCGAACAAGUCCGUCCUAAAGAUAACUUGAGACCAGAAGGUGAGUUUGAUCGACCUAAGCAAUCACACUGGCAACCAGGAGUUACGCCGGAACAAACUCGUCCGAAAGAUAAUCUUAGACCAGAAGGUGACUUCGAUCACUCUAAGCGACCACAAUGGCAACCUAGUGAGCGCUCAAGCCCUAUCCGACCUAAAGAUAAUUUAUAUCUUGAAAAAGAUACUAAAGUUUAUCCAGGACCUGGUAAACCUGGUGAUCAUAAAGAUGGUCCAAGGCCUGAUCAUGAGACUGACCGUCAUAUUCCUCGUCAUUUAGGUCCCGAUGAUAAAGGACAACCUCGUGAAACUGUAGAUGACCGUAUUGAUAUCUCGAGCUCAAGAUAUGGUUCUAAAGUUACUUCUACACAUAAACCUACAGAUGUUAUAAAAUCUCAAUCAGAUCGUGAUGUUAAAUCGCAUAUUGCUACGUCUACUACCGAUAUGCAUCAUGACAGCAAUUUGCAUAAAUCUCAGAUGCAUACGACUAAACAUGUUGGCCUGCAAAGCACUACCACUGAAGAAUCUAAACAUGUUCAAUCGGGAACAUUUGUCCAAAAGUCCACCUCAAGUCAUACUCGAAGUGAAAUGCAGAAUAAUAUUGACACAACUUCAAACAAAAAGAUUGAUCGCUCUCAAGACGCAACAGACCGUUCUAUAACAGAUCGUUCAACAUCUAGACAUUCUACGGAUAGAAAUAUUCAAAACAAAAUUGAUUCAAGAAAUAUCAAGAGUGUUUCAUCUUCUACACAUAAAACAGUUAAGCAAAUAACUGAAAAGAAGUUAAUUGCUGGAAAAUGGGUCAACGUAACAAGGAACGUUGAAGUUACUACAAUCACUGAUGGUGAUUUAAGAAGCCCUUCUGUCAAAAGUGUUCCUGAAGACCGUAAUGGAGUUCGUUAUAAGCAAGUUGGAAAUACAUCAGAUAACAUUGUGUCCGAUCAUGUAACAAGCAAUAACAUCACACGUAAGCGUGAUGGGUUCGAUAAUCGCUCUGAAACAAAUGCCUGUAACACUACUUACAUAGUAAGAGAGAAGCACGACGAUCAGAAUAGAGAUCGAUUAACUCAACAGUAUAUUAGUCGAAGUGAAACGCCUCACAAAUUGGUGGGGUCGGACCAGCAUUCAACCACUUCAGAAAAUCAAACUCAUUCCCAUCACAGCCACAUAUCGUCCAAUGUUCGUUCCCAAGAUACAUCUCAGUCAAAACAGCACAUUAUUAAUGAUAGACAAACACAAAAACAUCUAAGUGGUGAAUACAUUCAAAAUAAACAAGUAAUUGAAAAAUCGCCUGGACAUCACGUCGUUCCGGAACAGAAUUUAAAUUCUCAGCAACGUCAUACCACCCAUUCUUCCGAUCACCACAUUCAACGUACAAUGGGUUCAUCAUCUAAUGUAUCGUCAUCUAGUCAUUUGGAGCAGAACAUUUCAAAGACAUCAAUAAACCAGUCGCACACUGUUAACAGAAAUCAAUUAAGUGACAGUGUUACGAAAACGAGCCUUGAAUUUCAGAGAGCUAUGCACGGUGGUGGCGAUAGUCCAGUUACAUCAACAACAUCACGAGCUGGCCACCAUAAGCGAACUUCAGACUUAGUAUCCGAUGCAUCUAGCAAUAACGCCGUUCUCCAUCGCAAGGGCGUCACGUCGACGACCGAGGCUCAACAUUCAACAAGUUCCACUGCAGCUGCGCAACGAAAGAGCAUUACAAAUCUCAAUGAACGGGGCGACUACAUAAGCAAUUCAACGCAAAGCGCUGAUAGAAAAAGCAUUAGCUCCAUGCAUCGCUCUACUCGCGAUAAUGUAGCUGUCAUAUCGCAACAUAGCGAACACGUGGACACACGACGCCAAGAAAAAAGAGAUGGUCAAUCUACUUUGGUCGUAGAACGUACACCUCAUGUGGUUAUACGAGAUAACCUUCGAGUUGGCGGUGAGUUUUAUGGUCACUCUGAAGCUCGCUACGGUGGCUUCUCGAGGUCUAACCAAGUGGAUCGAUCGGAACGCAGUGAGCGAGUAGAGAGAGUGGAACGUCAUGCUCGACAUGGAAAUACUUCGAGCUUUGUCCUAGGAGAUGGCGGAACAAGUUACAAGCGUGAAUUUACAACCCACGUUCAUGGAAAAUGUCCAGCUACUAUGAUCGAAGCUCCUCGGACGCCAUUCAAACACACUCGCGAUUCCCGCGAGCACCAAUUCUAUACAUCGAAAAUUACUCAACAACCGUCCAAAUAAGAUUUUCUCAAUGUAAACUAACGUGAAACAAUCAUUCCCUAUUUACUGGCGCUUUGAAAUAUUAUGUUUCUUAUUAAUAACAUUUUUAUUUUAUAAAAAUCAUUUUACACAAUAUUACUUGCUAACAUUGCUAGUCUUGUAUUAUUCAUUAUUGUAAUGUGCCUUUUAAUAAAGAUUAUACUUUAUAAACGCAUAAUAAUCUUAAUAUAUUAUAUUUUUGAUUAUAACAAUGACAAUUAAAUUAUAAUUUUAGUUUGUCAAACAUUGCCAUGUAAUAAAUUUUUAUAAAAAAAUAGUGUUU